AUGGCGCGAAUCACUGCUGCUCUUGCUGUGAUUGCCUUUUUUGCUAUAUUUCCGAGCAUGGAGGCAACACAGUAUAUUGUUGGUGAUGACCAAGGUUGGAGUUCUGAUGUUGAUUACUACUCUUGGAUUGCUGGCAAAACUUUUCAUGUUGGAGAUUCUUUAGUUUUCAAUUAUACAUCUGGCGAACACAAUGUGGUUGUAGCAGCAAAUUCUGAUGUGUAUGAUCAGUGUGCUACUACUCCAAACUUUGGAGUCUGGAUAGGUGGCAGUGACGUCUUUACAGUGCCCACCACAGUUUUCAGUUACUUCCGACCUGCACACAAUGUGGUUGUAGCAGCUAAUAUUGAAGUGUAUGGUGAAUGUGCCACAUCUCCAAAUCUGGGCGUGUAUAAUCGUGGAAUGACGUGA